AUGCGCUUCUCGACCGUCAUCCUCUCAACUCUUGCCGCCUUUGCCACCGCAGCACCCACCGGCACCAUCGACUCAGUGGAACCCCGCCAGAACAACAAGAACAACAUCGACAUCGGAAGCCUCAACAACCUCCAAGGCUUCCGCAACCUCGACCUCAACUACCUCCUCGCCCUCAACAACCUCAACCUUCAGGGCCUCGGCCAGCUGGGGCAGGUCAACAGCCUUAACCUGGGCGCCUUCCAGAACCUCUUCGCCGCUCAAAACUUUGACCUCAACGCUCUUCUGCAGCUCCAGCAGCUCUCCACCGUGUUGGCAAUCCAGCAGCAGGGGCUCUUUGGCAACGUUGACCUAGCGCAGCUGAACCUCGGCGGUCUGAACUUGGGCCUCAUCGGGGGCAUCGGACAGGUCAACCUGGGUCAGUUUAUUGACCAGGGAUUGGUCGGCCAGAUCAGUCAAGUCGUUCAGCAGUCUUCUGGUAGGUUGCCCUGA